AUGAACGAAAUUAAUUUGGCAGUUGCGAAUGUUAUCUUCUUGGAAUCCCCAGCUGGAGUUGGGUUUUCAUAUUCAAACACUUCCUCGGAUUAUGUUACUGGUGACAAGAAAACGGCUGAGGAUGCUUAUACUUUUCUAGUAAACUGGUUGGAAAGAUUCCCCCAGUAUAAAAGUCGCGACUUUUAUAUAACAGGGGAAAGCUAUGCUGGUCAUUACGUACCUCAGCUUGCUUACACAAUUCUCUCGCAUAACAAUAGUACAAAUCAAACCGUCAUUAACCUGAAAGGCAUCGCUAUUGGGAAUGCAUGGGUCGAUCGUAGUACUGGUACAAAGGGAUCGUAUGAUUAUUACUGGACACAUGCCUUGAACUCUGAUGAAACAAAUGCAGCAAUUAACAAGUACUGUGACUUUGUUACUGGCAAUUUCUCAAGCAUCUGUGAUCAGUAUCAAAGUCAAGCGGAUGCCGAAGUUGGUAGGCUUGAUUCUUACAACAUCUAUGCACCGCUCUGCAAUCAAUCAACAUCAAAAUCUGGCUCAAGUGGUUCUGUGAAGGAUUUCGACCCCUGCUCCGAUGAUUAUGUCCGCUCGUAUCUAAAUCUUGCUCAGGUGCAGACAGCUCUUCAUGCAAAACCUACAAAAUGGGAAGCUUGUGGAGGUCAGCUAGAAGAAUGGACGGACAGCCCGACAACUAUUUUACCCACAAUGAAGCAGCUAAUGGCCAUUGGGAUUAGAGUAUGGAUGUACAGUGGCGACAUAGAUUCAGUAGUAUCAGUGACAACCUCUAGGUACGCCAUCAACACCUUUAAUCUCCCAGUCGAGACAGCUUGGCGGCCAUGGUACACUAGUAAUGAGGUAGGAGGGUAUGUAGUUGGGUACAAGGGAGUGGCAUUGGUCACAGUAAGAGGAUCUGGGCAUACGGUUCCAAGCUACCAACCAGAGCGGGCACUCACCAUGAUCUCCUCGAAAUGGAGAGAUCCCAAUCCCACAAAAUUAAACACAUUAGAAGGCAUCACGCAAGGAGGCACAGCUAGCGUUGCGACCAAACAUUCGGUUAGAGGGUAUGUAGUCGGGUACAAGGGAGUGGCAUUGGUCCCAGUAAGAGGAUCUGGGCAUACAGUUGCAAGCUACCAACAAGAGCAGGCUCUCACCAUCGUCUCAUCUUUCCUUCAGGGAACCUUCCACCUUCCUCUCAAUAAGUAUGGAAUGGCAUCCCCAACAUGA